CGACAACAUGGCUUCAUUUGUGUUUGUUUUCAAGAGCUUCCGAGGCACAGUUUCAUCUCAGUGCGUUGAACAGCGGCCAGCGACACACUUUCUGUGCUCCAGGUGAUGGUAGAGGAAGCAUGUGCACACUCACCUGAACAGAGGACAGCGCGCACACACGCAGGCGCUCGCUGACAUACCAACACACACUCUGGCUCUGCCGCCGCCGCUGUUCCACUGUCAUUGCUGCGCUCGUGCUGCUAAGAACCGCGCGCUCACUGACCCAACGACCGCAUUCCUCUAGCUCCUCGGUUCCCACCACAGACACCCACCGACCCACCGCGGACAUCAGGCGGAGGACAGCGGGGACACGAUGCCUUUCUCGGGUGGAGAACUGGCGGCGGUGCCCGCGUGAGAAAGGAGAGUCCGGAGCUCCUGCAACGGGAGAAGACAGCACGGACAUGACUGUUCUUCUGUCUUCAGUCGGUGACAAAAUCCCCUCUUAGGUCCACCGAUCCAUUGAUCCCAUUGAUUGUUGAGUAGGAGAAGAGAGAAGGAGGAGACCGCGCGCACCCGAGGAGGCACCGGGACCAUGAUCCGGAGCAGCACGGGGAUGAUCUCUGAAGGAUAGAGUCAAUAAGAAGGAGAGGAAACCUCAGAAGCAAACGGUUAUGAUCUUUUCUAAUCAACGCCUCUAUUCAUCCCAGUGAUUGGUGACAGGUCUGUGUUGGGAGGAAGAAGGAAAAGCCGGGGGACGUUAAACUAGACGCGAGUGCGCAUCGGACAGGCCGGAGCCAUGAUCAGGAUCUUUCCGGAUUUCAGCGUCCAGGUGACGGCUUCGGGAGCCGGCGGAGCCGGGGCAGGAGGCGUAGGAGGAGGCGGCGGAAGCGGUGGGAUGGUGACGGGACCCCCGGUGGGUCGGGUACCCGUGCCGGUGCCCGGAGCCACGAACGGGACCCCGCAGAGCGUUCAGGGAAUCGCCGCCUACCAGCAAAGUGACCCCUACUGGGAGCGGCCGGCUAAUGCGGGCAGCUGCUCCGCCGCCCGGCCCAAGACCCUUCACCUGGCCGGCCAGCAGCAUACCUCUUCACCAUGGCUGCAAGCUCUGAGGAAGGAGAAGUCGCGGGAUGCGGCACGAUCGCGGCGGGGAAAGGAGAACUUUGAAUUUUAUGAGCUAGCCAAGAUGCUGCCGCUGCCAGGCGCCAUCACCAGCCAGCUGGACAAGGCCUCCAUCAUCCGGCUCACCAUCAGCUACCUGAAGAUGCGGGACUUCGCCAACCAGGGAGAUCCGCCGUGGAACCUGCGCAUCGAGGGACCGCCACCCAACACCUCUGUCAAAGCUAUCGGUACCCAGCGGAGGAGGAGUCCCAGUGCAGUCGCCUCAGAGAUCUUCGAACCUCACCUGGGAAGCCACAUUUUACAGUCUCUGGAUGGGUUUGUAUUUGCACUAAACAAGGAGGGACGCUUCCUCUACAUCUCUGAGACCGUCUCCAUCUACCUGGGGCUGUCACAGGUGGAGCUGACCGGCAGCAGUGUGUUUGACUACAUCCACCCUGGCGAUCACGUGGAGAUGGCAGAGCAGCUCGGCAUGAAGCUUCCUCCGGGCCGAGGGAUGUCUCUGUCCCAGGGAGCCGUCAACGAAGACGGGGCGUCCUCGGCCUCGUCGUCAUCGCAUUCUGAGACGCCUGAGCCAGUGGAGUCCAGCAGUCCCAGUCUUCUGCCGCCUGAUAACUCUCUGGAACGGUCCUUCUUCAUCCGGAUGAAGUCGACGCUCACAAAGAGGGGAGUGCACAUCAAGUCCUCAGGUUAUAAGGUGAUCCACAUCACGGGGCGUCUGCGGAUCAGGAUGGCCCUGACACACAGCCGAUCGGUGCCCAAUCAGAUCAUGGGGAUGGUGGUGGUGGCUCACGCCCUCCCACCGCCCACAAUCAACGAGGUUCGCAUCGACUGUCAGAUGUUCGUCACCCGAGUCAACAUGGACCUCAAGAUCGUCUACUGCGAGAACAGGAUCAGUGACUACAUGGACCUGACCCCUGUGGACAUCGUGGGGAAGAGGUGCUACCAGUUCAUUCAUGCCGAAGACGUGGAGGGGAUCAGACAGAGUCACCUGGACUUGAUGAAUAAGGGUCAGUGUGUGACGAAGUACUAUCGGUGGAUCCAGAAGAACAGCGGCUACAUCUGGAUCCAGUCCAGCGCCACCAUCGCUGUCAACGCAAAGAACGCCAGUGAGAAGAACAUCAUCUGGGUCAACUACGUCCUGAGUAACCCAGAGUAUAAAGACACACCCAUGGACAUCGCCCAGCUGCCAAACCUGCCUGAGAAAACCUCGGAGUCGUCCGAAACCUCCGACUCGGAGUCCGAGUCCAAAGAAAACUCAGACAACGAGAAUGCCAAGUCUGAGGGGAAGCCAGGCCACCAAUCGGAGCGCAGUGAGGACCCAGAGGCGGACAGCAGACGCCAACAGCAACCAGGCCAAUCACACUGUUCCUCCGAACAGGAAAUGAAGCGUCAGGAGGAAGGAGACAGCUCAAGUAACCCUGAGAGCCAGGACAGCGACGACAGUCUCGAACCUUCAGAUGGAGAGGGGGAGGAGCAGGAGGAGGCUGGGGAGGGAGGAGGAGGAGGAGGAGGAGGAAGGCUUGGCAGGUUAACAGGGCUGGGAGGGCUGGGCGCCAUUGGCGGACUAGGUAAUCUCGGCGGGCUUCAUAUUAAAGUAGAGCACUAUGGAGAUGCAGAAGAAGUACAGCUGCACAACUCACAACCUUCUUCAUCGGAGGAGGAGGAAGAAGAGGAGGGCGAUGACGCGGAAGAGAAUGGAGGCAUGCAAGAUUAUGACAGUGCCAGCACCGGAAGCCAGCUGCAGAAGAGACGGAAGAGGAGGAAAAUGCAGAAAUGGGAUGGAUCCCGAAGCAGGAGGCUCCGUCUGUCCACAACUACGCCCAGCCCCAUCGCCAUGGGAGAACGACGCUCGUCGACCCUUCCCAGCACAGGUGCGACGUCCUCGGUCCUGAAGAUUAAGACGGAGAUGGCAGAGCCGAUCAACUUUGACAACGACAGCAGCAUAUGGAACUACCCGCCCAACAGAGAGAUCUCCAGAAACGAGUCUCCGUACAGCAUGACCUCCAAGCCGGCUGCUCCGGGCACCCACGAGACCUUCCCUUCACCCCAGGGAGGAUCUCUUCAGGUUUCCAUUCCUGACUCUGUCCUUACCCCUCCUGGAACCGAGGGAGGAGCAGGAGGAGUGAGGAAGCCUCCUUACAAUGGAAACUCUGCCCCAUCCUCGGCUUCCAGUGCUGUGAGUUUAGCUCCUCCCUCCAGCGCCUCCUCUGCUGACCCCCUGUCUCCUCCCCUCUCUGCCUCCCCUCGGGACAAACAACAAGGCACGCCCACCACUUCCUCCUCUUCUUCCUCUGCCUCAACCUCCUCUUCAUCCUCAUCGACUUCUUCCUCUUCACUGCUGUACUCUGGCGACCUUGAGGCGCUACAGCGUCUGCAGGCCGGUAACAUGGUUCUGCCAUUGGUCCACCGAGUCGCGGGGACUCUGUCCUCCACCAGCACGACGUCUCCACGGGUCUACACCACCGGGACCAUCCGAUACGCACCGGCCGAUGUUACCCUGGCGAUGGCACAAGGCAACCUCCUCCCCAACGCUGCCAUGAACUUUGUUGACGGCUCUGGGUUUGGCCUGGACCCGAAGACACCGAUGGAGAUGCUCUACCACCACGUCCACAGGCUCAACAUGUCGGCGGCAGGCACCGGCCGGCUCAGCUCUCCGACAGCUACGGGUGGAAAUGGCGCCCUGGGAGGCCAAAUGUCAAGCGCAGCCAAUGUUUUCACCACAGCGGAGGGGCUUUUCUCCACGCUGCCAUUCCCGGUGUACAGCAAUGGGAUCCACACCACACAGACAACUCUGGAGAGGAAGGAGGAUUAACACGAGACGUUCAAGACCGCAUUACUGUGUUUCCAGAAUCGAGAACUGUGUCAAAGUACAAGACUACUCGGUAGUAAAAAAGAAAAAAGAAACAAAAAAGACAACUAUUUACUUGCUGUCAUGUAUCAACACGGUGUAGCACUGUGUUUCCGAGGGGGGAGAAAGGACAGGAAAGGAUGACAAACGUACUGUAGCACUUUGAAUCUGAGCAACUGAGCUUGUGUAAUAGACAUGAAUGACCCUCAAACAUGUCUCCCUUUUCUAUCUUUUCCUCCUCUCCUCCUCCUCUCCUCCUCCUCCUCAGUCUCUCCCUUUGCUCCUUUUUCUUGUGAUCAGCAGCGUUUUCAAUUUAACAACAAAAUAGACUAUUCUUUAUUGUAAAGAAUUCCUUUUUGCCUACAGAGAAUUCAUAUUGCCUAAGGACUCUGCUGGAGCCUGACGGGGAUAAUUUUUAUUAUUUGACUUGUUUCUGUUGCAUCUUUAUGAAGAUGCUGAUUGUGCAUAUUUAAAGGAGGACGGAACAGGGAUUUGUAACGGACAGAAAACUGUGGCGCUCCUCCUGUUGUAUCUUGAUGUGAUCAAGGCUUGAAAAGAGUUUUUAAGCUGAGAGGAGGGGCUCUCUUGACAAAGGUCUCAGAGAUAAUAAUCUUUUGAAAAAAGGUUUUUGAGGACGUUUCUCGAUUGAGGGAAUAGUUCAGUUUCUUUCCUUUCUUCCUUUUUAUAAAGUAUUGUAGCUCAGAUUUAACUUACAAAGCAAGCAUUAAGAAGAAAAACAAAAAAGCAAUUUCAGCCGGGUAAUGACCUGUGAAUUAUCGAAUGUUACUACUUCCUCUUUUAUCCCAGGAGUUUACCUACAGGUCUCGCACCAAACAUAACCUCCUCAGCAUCUCUUCCCAUCUCGAUCUGUCUUUCUACCUGAUCUUUAAUCUGUGUCCACAUUUCUUCCUGUUGAUCAACAGACUCGUGGUGCUAGUGACCGUCCAGUAACCCUGAUUCAGCUGGCUGAUGUGGGUGCUGUAAACAAACCCACAGUUCACUGACAGACUGAUCGUGCUUUUGGUUUUUGUUUUUGUUUUUGGGUUUUUUUUUUUUGGAGGGGGAACGUUUUGUUUUUGUUUCUUGUUUUUUUUUUUUUUUGCUUCUGAGCUUCAGGAAGGUCAGAAAUGCAGGAAGAGAAUCAGCAACCUCAUGUUUGACCCUCUGGGUCAUGAGGGGAAGCUCUACACCGCGAUGUGACUGGUUGGGUUUUAGCCUACGUAGUGUUGUUUUUAUUUUUGUUUUCUAACUGAAUCACUUUUAAAUCUCAGUGAGACUGAGGCUAAUUAGCUAGCGUUGCUAACUUGAAAAAUGAAUGUUGAAAACCUCGACCGCCUCCUGUUUGACCACUGUUUUAUUUUUGUACUACUAUAAACCACUUUCUUCCUUUGUCCUCCUCCUCCUCCUCCUCCUCUUCUUCUUCCUAAACCGAAGUCACCUCCACAAAAUUUUCCUAAACAAUCCGCUCUCUUCCAUCUCAUCGCCGGACCCUGUGAUAUAAACCACAUAUCAACAAGGAGAUUGUAAUAAAGACAUGCAUUUACAAUCAAUCGAUCGAUCAAUCCAAUAACUAUGAAAAAAAAAUAGGAUUUUCUGAGGAAGAGAAAAAAUCACAUUCCUUUAUACAACGUUGUCUUUGUCGUUGUUCUUCUGUUUUGUGUUUUUCUUCCCCAGUCUUCGUUGCCAAAAAAGAAACAUUGAUCUCACAAGUUUGGUGUUUUAAAAGCACUGUGAUUCUCAUUCAUUUGUAUUGUUUCCUUCUGCUUUUUUGGUAACAAGAAAUAAAAAAGAUGAGAACACGUACUGGUUAAAACAGUAUAAACUGUCAAGACGUCCACCUUUUUCAGGUCGACAGCCCCGUCUUUACCAUCCCGUCAUCCUUAUUAUCCAGUGUUAUUAAGCCGUAAAACGUGUUACGAUGUGUUUAGUGUCGCUGGCUGUCAAAACGUCUUUCAUGGCGACUUCUCUCUGUGUGUGUGUGUUGACUAUAUGCAGUAUAUACUGAGCUACUGUAGCUGUUUUUGUCCUUUGUCUUCUCUGUGCUCUAUCUCUAGUGUGGGGGAGGCGAGAGGGGGUCUGCCCGACACCCCCCCCCAAAAAAGGACAACCCUCCUCCUCUCUUUCCCCGUCUCUUUCUCUGCCUCCCUCUAUCUGCAGUCUUAGUGAAACCAGUGGAGGUUCGUGGAAUUUCGUGUCCGGUGGCCUUUGCACAAGAUGAAAAAACUUUGUAGAGUCCACCUUUUUUCGCUGCUUCCUCUUUGUCUUUGUAAAACCUUCUUUCAUUUGGUUUUCUAAUCCUUCUCUUUCUCUCUCUGCUGUUGCUUUUUGCUGUCGUGUAGUCUUAUACAAACCUCUUUAUCUCACUGUCUUUUCUCUCAGAGAUGAAAAGAUUCUUUAACUAGCUCAAAGGUUUAUGGAGCCAUGUUACUGCCGCUAAGGAAUUCUGGGAAUUGCAGUUUCCAGCUCUUGCAUACACAGUAUUGAAGAACUAAUAAAUAUUUACACUGUAUAGAAAUAAAUUAUGAUGAGGAAAAGCCUAAAGUAGCAUUUUAGAUGUAGUCCUGGAAAAACCAUUAAAGCCUCAGUUGUGAAACAUUUCCCAGAGUUCCUUGGGGCUUCUUGUGUGCAUUGGGUGUAUUUCAUUGGUUCCCACCGAAACUUGUUGACUUCCUGCGCCAACCUUUCUCACAGGACAAACACAGUUAAACAAGUGGUUAAACAAGGAGGGAGAAAAAAGAAUCACAGUAUUUCAGGACACAGCAAUUUUAAAGGGUUCUAGAGAAAUUAAAAGAACAAAUAUUUCGCACUAUAAAUCUAUUUUUAUAGGUGUUUUGGAAAACUGAACUGCAUGUUUACUAAGUUCGUCCGAAGAGUUUCACGUGAUCGAUCCCUUGUUUUGUGUCGUCAUGUUUUCGGUCUAGCGUUUUGUUUUCUAAGUCUGUGGAGCCCAAACAGGGACAUGAUGGAGGCCUGUUGGAGGAACAAAGCCUGUAUUAUCAGACCAACCCGGGCCUCUGAUCCCCCUUCACAUCAGGAAAACCAAUCUGUAACGUCUGUGCUUUCUGUGAAGAGUCGGUGUCUUGUUACUCCGACUAACGUGUAGAGAAAACGCCCAGGUUAUGAAAUUCAAUGAUGCAUUUAUUUAUUUUUGCAUUCAAUAAGGAGAAUGUGACCUGAGCCGCUUGUGGCUGAAUGUUAGAUUUAUGGAGCAUUUUCUUUCCACGCUCCUCUGGAUUUUAGAAUUUUCUACUUUUGGGCGGUUGCGUGUGAAACACGGGGGGCGGAGCACAAACAAACGUCAGGGCCCCAUUUGGUAAAGACAAGGGGGUUUUGUGGGGUGGGGGUGCACAUAACUCCGACGAAACCAGGAAAUACACCCACAUGUAACAAAAACCAAACAGCUGGUCCAGGCUGUUUCAAUGUUUUUCUGUGUUUUAUGUCGAAAAAUGAAAACUUUGCUGGUGAUUUUAAAAACUUAAAACCUUAAUCACAGCUGCUGUCAAAAAUACAUAGUGUUUAAGAAUUACAGAUAUUGAAAAAUCACUUCAUUUACCUGUGAAGAAACUGUGUCGGUGUUUUUAACUAUUUCUUGUACAAUUAUACAGAUUCUUUUAUGAGGAACUUGGUGCCAAGUAGCUGAAAUACGGGAGAGAGGGAAUCUCUUAUUAUCAAUGUUAACAGUGUUAUAAAAUUCUAAAUACAAACAAAUUAAAAUAUUAAAAAAGAGAAGACUAUGGUACAUUUCUAUUUUUUAUUUUAGUUCUUUCCUCACAGAAGAGGGGAAACACACAACUAACUGAUGCUAACUUUGAGUGUCUGGCUUCUUUAUUAUUAUUAUUAUUAUUUUCAAAGACAUCUUUUUGAGUUCAUUUACCACGAAUAAUGCUGCAAAUCCGAAAAUGUACAUACUUCAUUUUUACAGCAGUUGUUCUUUUCUAAGUUUACUAGGUUCUCAUCCGUUCAGAGAACGUGUCACAUACACGGUUGUCUUUCUGUAACCCGGUUUGACCAUCUUACAGGUGCCAUAUUCAUAAUAAAAAUUUCUCUCGAAUUUGUUACCAGAUUGCAUAAUUUCUUCUGUUUGACACAUUGAGCCAUCCCGCCCCUCGCCAAGGUGUUAGAGGCUGACGUUUUUCUGUCAUUCCUUCUUCCUCCUUUCCUUUCCAUUCUUCCUCUUGCUUUCCUGAUUGUUUUUUUUGGUUUGUGCUC